AUGCCGUUACCUCCGACCGUCUCUCGCAAAGUCUCUUCUGCCUCCCAAUCACAGCCCCAACAACAGCAAAAGAACUCGGCGAUUGUUGGUGUUGAAUCUUCUUCGUCGGAGUUGGGGAUCGCUUCUUCAUCAUACACAAAUUCUUCCACUAUAGCUUCUGUUAGCUCCACGAGCUCUCACCAAGAUCAUGAUUCGGGAGUGGUCAUAUCUUCCACAUGGAUGAACGAGCAGCAACAACAAACGAAUUCUAAACCCUUGUUAAUGGUGAAUCGAGCGAAUAUUCACAAAUCAGUGAGCUCAAGCGCAUUAUCACCGAACUUUACGACCAAUAUUAAUUCAUCAUCAUCAUCAACAUUAUCAAAGGAUAAUAGUAAAGAAUUGGAUAUUUCCUCCUCUUCUUCGGAUGCUUACGUCGUGACCAAUUCCAAAAAUCAUCAACCGAGCAUGAGCAGUGAUUCUUUAAAAACCCAUCAUUCGAUCAACACCAUUGCAAACAAUUUAACAAAUAAUUUAUUAUUAUCAAAUCCAUCUCCAGUAUUACCAUCUUCUAGUACCAACACGGCAACCAUCAAAAACACCUUGUCUUUGCCUAACACUACUUCAAGAAAUCUUCCCCCUACUCCCACUACUUCAUUAUUACAACAACAUCAUCAACCUAAAUCAUUCAAUCAGCCACAGCAGACAAUCAAUACAAACACGUGGGCUGAAGACACGAACAAACGAAGACCAUCAGUGCGACCAUUACCCUCCACCGUCACAAGAAAUCCAACCAUUUCCACUCCAGCAACAUCAUAUUCUGUUACUACUUCUCAAAAUUCUACUCUUCAACCCAAUUUGACAUCAACUAAUACUGUCCUAAAUAAGACAACCACUAAUACUACUUCAAACAAUCCAUCCAUUAUUAUUCCUCCUCUCUUUCAGCCCUAUGGAGUAAAUAGCAUCACAACACAAAACAUUUUUGCCGGUGACUCAUUACCUCAAGUCGUAAGUGAUGUCACAAAACCACCCAGUUCAAUAAUUUCAUCCAAAACUCCAACUCCCUCCCAUCAUUCAUCACCAACUAUUUAUUCGAAUCGAAAUUUUUCGCAAAAUUCAUUUUCUUCUGCUUCAAACCAAAACGCAGUCAAGCUGUCGCCUAAACAAAGCAACGAAGACCAAAGCGUUAGUGUUGCUAAGUUACCCACCAAAUCUCUUCCUUCUACUCCUACUAAUAGGAGUGACAAUAUCACGAAAGACGAUAGCAAAUAUUCCACACCACCUUCUUCCUCUUCUUCUUUCAAGAAGCUUUCCAGCAGCCCAAAAACCCAUCAUAGAAAAGCAACAACAUUCACUUCUUCACCAAUUUUGUCGUCCAAUGAAGAUGUUACCAUGGAAAAUUCAAAAAAUUCAGAAAGCAGUCAUAACAAUUCUUCAAAUGUAGGAGGUGACGCUCAAGAAGCUCUUGCCAUUGAAAGAUUUUUGAGAAAUUAUAUUUUUGACAUUAUUGGAGAUACUAAAUUUAUUUCCCUGGCAAGUGUUGUGAAAUGGAUGACUCUUGAAACAUUUUACGAAGUUCUUACCAGUUGGUGUGUAAUUAAUUUAAAUUCGAAGAGAACCUUCAUUAAGCAAAACAGAUUUUUCAUCAUUGAAGAGCUCAAUCGACAUCGUACUGAGCUUUAUAGUCAUUUAGAAAACAGAAAAAAUUUCUCGAUUCUCUAUCACAGUAUUAAGAAAAAUUUUGAUAUAAUUAUGCAACAAUUGAAUACUGGUUCUGACAACAUCACUACAUCCGUUAAAAAAGAUAUGGUCCAAGUGUUAUUUUCGUUGAUGAAGAUUGAUGAAUUGGCUACACAAAACAUGAAAAUAUCAAUUCAGUCCUCAGAAAAUAUUUCACCUGCAAUGACAACAAUCCCAAUAUCAAGCCAAUCAAAACAACUGGAGUUCUCAUCAAAGUUGAAUACUCCAUUAGUUUUUGAAGAUGACUCUGAAGUCGUGAAUGAACAUUUACAAAAGGCUACUCCACAGAAGCAAAUUUUAUAUGAAAAACUGAGUUCUGUUAUUGAAACUUUUGAAAAGAAGAAAGAAAACAUUGAAACUAAAAUUGUAGACAAAACAGAGAAGGUAGUAACAACUUUAGGCUCUUCAGUUCGAGCAACUAUUGAAGUUGGUCAGGAUAAGUUAAAAUCCUUCGUUGAAACAGCCAACAGUCUGAAAGAACAAACAAAAAUGACGAGCACAAAACCAGAAAAGAUCAAGAUUGUGGAUAAAACCUUUCGUAGAGAAAAAGUGCUUUCUGGAUAUUUCUCUGCUGUGGGAACAAACCAUAAUGACCAUGCUCCCAAAGUGAUUCCUCCACCUAGGAGGAAGAAGAAUAUUGUUACGGCUGACUUUGCUAAAUAUAGCUUCUUACUUGAAUUUGCUGACAACUUCAUAUCAUUGCCUCUUUUUAAACCUCCUACAAAAGAAGACCAAAAACUUGAGGAAGAACAAACACCAAAAACAUCCAACAAUAAUGGAAGCAUUGACUUUGAUAACGACAAUCAAAAAGUUAUUUCCAAAAUUAAUAAUAUUGACAUGCUAUCGAAAAAAUUCAAAAAUACUCUACUAUAUUCAACGGUAUCCACUACAGCCAUAAGCAGUUUGGCGAACAGCUUGACAGCAAUUGAUAUAAAUCAGAACAAAAUGAGUAAUCACAUUAAUCAAUUUUGCGACGAAAUUUUGAAUGAAAUUACUAAGAGCUUGUCAACAACACAGCAAAAAGAUAUUCUCAACAAACAUUUAAAGUUGAUGGAUCCAAAAUUUCAGAAAAAGUUCAAACUAUUACGAUCAUUCAUCACAUUCUUGUGUAGAAACAAGACAUUUAGCACAGCAUCUGUCUCGAAUAAGAAAUCAAAGGAUCAAGACAAUUUAACAUUCAAUGGACAAGAGGCAGUGACUAUUUUGUCCAAUGUCAUCGUUAAAAAAGUGGUAAAAUCGAGACAUAAAACGAUUACCAACGUAGGAGAUCAGGUCACUAGAGAAUCUUUAGCUGCUUCUAUCACUGGAAUUGAACCAGAGGCAGUCAGAAAUCAGGCUCUAAACUUUUUGCAAGAAUUUUUGGACGAUCAAAUUAUUAAGCAAACAUUUCCCAGAGUGAAAAAUAAGACUGCUCAAAUUAAUGACGAUCCAACAUAUAUGUAUGCAUUUUGUGAGGAUCAUAUGUUAUACAAUUUGGUGAAUCAAGAAAGAGAGAUGGAAGAUCAGCUUGAAGAAACAGAAAAUGAGAUUAACACAUUGCUAGAGCUUAUCACUGCGCCAUUUCCACCAUUAAUAUCAUCUACAAGUCAAACUAUCACGCCAAAUCAAACCUAUGUGCUCUUCAAGUAUAGACGCAUUCUAUGUAAAGAACCAAAAUUCUUACUAAUGCUGUUGCGUUCAGUUGAUUGGAAAGGGGACUACAAAACAGGAGAGGAAAUUUUGGAGCUGAUUAUCAAACAUCUUAAAGACAAUCCUGUGAAUCAAUUUUCCCCACUACACAAAGUGACAACAGUUCAUGUACUAUUUUUAUUGUAUGAAACAAUCAUUUCCUCAAAGGUAGAUUUAGAGAGCGUACAAAUUUUUGCUACUGAGAUUCUAAAACGCAGAUCCCUGACAGAAAUUGAACUAUUCUUACCUCAGCUAUUUUACAGCUUGGGUUCCACGAAAUUUAGCAAAUAUUUGUCAGAAUUUUUGUUAGAGGCAUGUGAGAAAUCUGACUUUAUAUUUAACAAAUUGAACUGGAUGCUGACCAGUAUGCUAAAUUCUAGUACAAUUUUCAGCACAGAAAAAACCUUAAAUAUCAAAGCCAAUCAAGUCUACAAACAAUUACAUUUCAAAAUGAUACAGAAAUGUAACAGCUCAUCGGAAGGAAAGUAUAAUUUAAAUCAAUUUAUUCGGCAACAAAAGUUAGUCGAUAACAUGUUGGUAAUUGGAGAAUAUAUCAAAUUCCGCCUCGGAAAAGAACUAGGAGUAUCGAGACCUCAAAAGAUACAACAUUUGAAGUCACUUCUAGCAGCUCAAAAGUUACCAUAUCUACUGAAUUUGCAUAACAUAUCCAUGAGCAAUAUUGAUGAGUUUAUUUCCAACUGUCAAUCUGUAGAGACGAUACAAGUGGACAAAACCCUUUCUCCUCGAUUUGUCAAAGAAAUACAAGAUGUUGCCAAACUUGUCUCCGAAGAGUCCAAGCUAAAAUUCAUAGAUUUUCUUGUUGAAAAAGAAAAAGAUUUUCAUGAGUGGAACAAUGAAGUAUUUCCAGUUGAUACCAUACCAUGUUUAGCGAUUGAAGAGCACUUUUCCAACAUUAAUGAUGCCAUUCAAAUUUCAGGAUUUGUUCCUGAUGAUGGAUACAUUUUUAAAUCUGCACAAGAGCCUGUUUGUUUUCCUCUCUCACUUCGAACUCUCUCAAACGAGAAUGCUGCUGAAUUUAAAUUAAUUUUUAAGCAGGGAGACGAUUUGAGACAAGACGAAUAUAUUUUGAAUCUAUUCUCACUCAUGAAUAGAAUUCUAAAACAAAACGGAAUCAAUCUAGAAAUUAUAACCUAUCACUGUGUUUCAACAGGUCAAAGUCCAACGAAUUCAGGAUGUGUAGAGAUGGUGAGCCAAUCCAAUGCAGUCAGCGCGAUUUUAGCCAAGUACAAGACGAUCUUUAACUUUUUGCGAGACACAUCCUUAAAAAAGCAAAAAGAUUCGAUCCCAAGUCAAAACACAAAUUCUGUAGAUUUUUACACAUUCCUUGAGAAACCAGAUGAUUCAGAGACACAACUAAUUGAAUAUCAUCCAAGCCCUGUGGGUGACGUCAAUACUCUAUUAUUUGAUGAAAAAGUUCACAGAUACAUUAGAAGUUUGGCUGGAUAUUCCAUCCUGACCUAUCUUCUCGCUAUUGGAGACAGACAUUUAGAUAAUUUAUUAUUGAAAGAGAGUGGAGAAUUAUUUCACAUUGAUUUUGGAUUUGUUCUUGGAGAAGAUCCAAAACCUUAUCUUGGAACACCACCCAUGCGUAUCUCACGAGAAAUGGUUGCUGAUUUUUCAGAAGAACAUUUAGCCUCCUUUAGAAUGUAUUGCUGUCAAACCUUCAAGGUUUUGCGAAAAUAUGCAACCUUAAUCAUUUUCAUGUUGUUAUGGAUUUCCACCACAAAUAUGACCAUUAAGGAACAAGGAAGUAUUACAAGAAUUGAUAAAUUAGGUCUCUCAUCAAGUACGAGUGGAAACAACGUGCCACAUGUCAUUCACAACCCUCUCAAACAAUUUAAUUUGAAAAACGUAAUGACCAUUCAAAACAAUUUUCGAUUGGAUCUCCAUGAAGAUGAACUCGAUGAUUUUGUCUGCAAACUCAUUGAUCAAAGUUUGAACAUGCUUGGUCCUAAAGUGAAUGAAGAAAUUCACAAAAUUGCCAUGAAAUUGAGAGAGUAA